AUUUGAACCUCCUUGUACGAAAGAAGACGAAGAGAGAUGACUCAGCAACGAGAUUGCAAAAAAGCAAAACGUGUGUUGACAAACCGGAAGAUGAGAAAAUGAGUAGAAGUAGUAGAACCAAGUCGUACAAAAAUGAGUCGCACGAUUUUGCGCAAAGUAGUAACUUGAAGUGACACAAUAUUAGAUAUUCAAGCCGGAUGAAUGUUGAUGGUUUUGACUUGAUUUCUUGUUUGCCAACAAGGACCACCAUCACACACAUUUUUUUUUUCCUUUUGAGUCACUUAGGAAUCGCAAGAUGCAGAAAAGUCAAAACAAAAAGAAGUUUGUUUUGCAAGAUUAGAAAGUAUGGUAUAGACGACCAGGAUGGACGACGUGGUUGCCGUCUGAUAGCAAGAAGCAGUUUAUUUUGUACGCCUUCGCGUAUAUAGGUAAAUACAAAUAGCGGGCGAGUUACUAAUAGGUACGUCGAGUUUUGUUUUUGCUUUUAUUUGCUAGUCGAAGUAGGCAACAUAGCCUUUACCAUCAUAAGUAUUUGGAUUUGAUCAACAACAAUCAACAGAAUGGGAAUUAAGGGGCUGAUUCCGUUCAUUCGCGAGAAUGCGCCGAAGGCGGUGACAGUGGAUGUGAAGCAAGCAAACUACAACGGCCGGGUAAUUGUUGAGGCUCCGGAUCAUGAGGGCCAAAUGUCGGAAAAAAGACUACAAAAAUUUGCAAACUUCUUUUUUUCCCAUGGCGAGGAACGCCACACACCGUGGCGCGUUGUGCUCCCUGGCUUCAAGUCAUGCGUGGGCUAUUUUUCCAGUUUGCUUCGCGAUUCACUUCAUAUUUUAAGCGCUUUGCUGAAGUUCGCGGGCUUCCUCUCAUCCCGAUUGGAGGUUGUGUGGUGGGCGCAGUUAGUUUUCUAUUCCGUUUGCCGGAUCGACAACACCAUCGACCCUGUGAUCAUAUACAAGGCGCUUUCCGGUUUUUCCGGUUUGCCUUGUUGCUCCUUUUAAAUUUACCAAAAAAAGUUCCCAACUUCAUACCCUUUCAAAAAGUUUCCGUAAACACGAGCGGAGUCGGAAAGAUUUUGCGAAUGUUUCCGAGAGUUUUCGUUCUCUUUUUUUUCUCUUUUCAUUUUUUUUUUCGCGAAAAUCGAUUUUUGUCAUUUUUUGAAUUUGGGUCUUUUUGCUCCAUCGAACGCGUCAUAGCAUGCGUGUUCGAAGUAGGCGGCUUCAAAACCGCGUGGGCUUCUCGUUUCUUUCUAGCCUAGUAAAGUUUUCUUGUGGGUUUUUGCAAUGUUUCUGCAAUGACACAAGACCACACCUGGGCGGGACGUUUCCUUUUCGCUUUGCCAUGCGCUUUCUUCCAAGUUGUUUUUUUGGCCGCUCUCCUAUUGGGUGGCGGCCUUGUAAAUAUUUCGGUCUUUUUUCCAAGGCAGUCAUAAUCAGGCCUCGGCGCUUCAAUAAUUGCCAUCGACGCGUCCACCUGCCUGUACCAGUUUAUGGUGGCCAUUCGGACGGGCACGGGAGAAAACUACUCCAACUUAACGAAUGACCGCGGGGAAACGACGUCCCACUUAUCGGGAUUUCUGAACCGUACCUUGAAGCUCCUCGAGGCCGGCGCGAAGCCCGUGUACGUGUUCGACGGGAAAGCGCCAAGUACUAGUUGUUCUACCAGCGAUUUUGUUCUGUAGUUACAUAACAUAGUUUAUUUCGCAUCGUAUAGAAGAUGAAAAGCCCCCCGCGAAAAUAUUAAAACUUGAACUUUUUUUACACUAUCCAGGCUUGAAGUCCGGCGAGCUGGCGAACCGAAAAGCGCGCAAGCAGCAGGCACUGGAGGACUAUGAAAAGGCCAAGGACGAGGGUGACGCGGACAAAAUGCAGAAAAUGGCGGACCGAAGCGUUACCGUGACAAGAGAAAUGCAGGAACAGACGAAGAAGCUUCUGCGGCUCAUGGCAAUUCCAGUCAUAGAAGCACCCUGCGAGGCGGAAGCGACGUGCGCGCAUUUCAGCAAGACAGGUACUAUUUUCAGCAACAUCAUGAAGUGUUAAUAUCAAAACAACUUGUGGGUGUUUAUUAUGCAUGUACCGAAUAAACGCACGAUCGAUGCACGCAUGCGCACCUCCAUCCUAGAAGGACGGCCGAGAUGAAAGUUGUCAAAAUCUUCAUUUUCAAAACAUCCUGAUAUAUAUUCCGCCCGAGACCACCAAAUCAAUUAAUAUCACAGGUGCCGCUUACGCUGCCGCGACGGAGGAUGCAGAUGCACUCUGUUUCGGCGCGAAAAAGCUGAUAAGAAACCUCUUCACAACGGACGCGAAGAAGCGGCCGACCCUGGAAGUGGAUCUGCAGCGUGUGUUGGAACAGCUCGACAUCGACAUGAACAAAUUCGUGGACUUCUGCAUAUUGAGCGGUACUAUUUCUACGUAUUGUUUCUACUUCUCGUCGAAGUCGUGCUUUUGGUUCGUGGUCUGUACUCCACUGGAAUAAAUCGCAUUGAUACAGCCCGAUAUUGAUACCGGUCUCGACUACUAGCAAGCAGUAGCACCACCGCGCUACGCUUAAUGUUCCACAGACAACUAGGGAGUUUGAACUUCAUUAUUCAUAUCGUGAUCCCAGGUUGCGACUACACGGACACGAUUCAGAAGGUGGGCAGCAUAACGGCGUUCCAACUGAUCAAGCAACACGGCAGCAUCGAGACGGCCUUGGCCUCGGGCAUCGACAAGAGCCGGGUGCCGGAAAACUUUCCGUUCCAAGAGGCACGGGACCUGUUUUUCAAGCACGAGGUCACGGACGUGAACGAGAUAGACCCUGCGACAGGAAAGAAAAAAUGCGACUUCACGGCCUACUACGCCGCAAAACCAAAACCGGACACGGAAGGUACAGAUUUCUGAGAAAGAUGGUGGAAGGUAAAUGUAAAGAUGGUGGACAAGGGAUGCUCCUCCUGCAAUCUUCUCGGAAUUUGCCGCAACAGAAAAUAAGUCCAUCAAGCUGUGUAAGUACUUGCAACUCAAAGCAUACACACAUCUUGAAGUGCGGCUAACUUCUGAUAUAAAAAUCAGGUUUAAAGAAGCUGAUGAUCGAGGAAAACCAAUUCGCCGACGAGAGAAUAACGAAGUCCAUCGAGAGGCUGCAAAAGCUGCUCGGUCAGGGCACGCAGCUGGCGUUUGAGAGCUUCUUCACCUUCCAGGCGCCCGCCAUCGCGGCCAAGGACAAGUUUGACCCCUUCAAAAAGAAGGACGGGAAGAAGCGCGCGAACCACCUCGGCGCGCUCGGGAAGGCCGCCGGGGCGAAUCCCGCAAAGAAGAGGAAAGGCGCGCUCACCGCAGACAAGCUUGAGGCGGCGGGCGAAAACAAGGAAAACGCCGGCGCGGGGAGCAGUAACGCGCUACCCAGUGGUCUGUUCAAGGACAACUGAGACCAUAUACUUUACGGGAGGAGUCAUAAACUCCUCCUGGCGUGCGGUUUAGGUUUCGCGAGCAAGAAUCUGCGCUGGUCGUGGUUCCUGACCUGCAGCUGAACUCCAAUCGUACUUAGCCGCUCGCCCAGUGGUCCUUUUGAUUUCUAGUAUAAUCCCUCGAACUCUAUUUGAAGUUGCUUUCCCCCUCCUUCGCAGAACUUCUUAUCCUCUCCACAAACGAUUGGGACAAGAACUCUCCUCAACAGCGCAAUGAGUUUGAGUAUUGAAAAAGCGACAACAAGCAUUGCCUUUGCUGGUUGUUACUUCAAGGCUGGUGGCAGAAUGACGAGCCAGCUGCGCACGACCCUCUAU